UGUAACAAACAGACUUACUUGAUACCAGACAUAUAUAACAGUGUACUAGCCUGUGAUGUUACAGAUGGAUCACUUUUCGCACACUCAGAAAGUCUGUCUGUCAAUCCUAGUAUCUGUGCUAUUGCUGCUACCCCUGGAACCGUGUCAAAGUUUACUACCUUGUUUAAGGCAGAGGAUCACCCUAUAUACCAACCCAGUAGUCAAACGGAUCCCGCGGAUCAACAAUUUCAUGAUAUCGACAAUAAAAUAUCGGAUAUGCAUGAAAACCUGAUUAAACAAACAAGAAAAAAAUUAUUUGCAUGUAGUAUUUGUGGAAAAGGCUACAGACGUGAAGAAAAUUUAGCAAGUCACUUUCGUGUUCAUUCAGGCGAAAAACCUCAUCAAUGUGAAGAAUGUGAUGAGGCCUUCAGCCUCAAGUCAACGUUAGUUACUCACCGUAAAAAACAUGUAGGCGAGAAGUCACAUAAAUGUGAUACAUGUGGCCUCGAAUUCGAUCUGACGAUUGAGCUAAAGCGACAUCAAAGUACCCACAGAGGAGACAAACCACACAUCUGUGACUUCUGUGGUAAGGGCUUCCGUGUGAUAAGUAACUUACGGGCGCACUUACGGACACAUACUGGCGAAAAACCACAUAAAUGUGAUAUCUGUGGAAAGGGAUUUAACGAAACUGGUAAUCUUCGGCAACAUUUGAUGACACACCAAAACGCCGGUGAGAAGUCGUUUAUAUGUGAUGUGUGUGGUAAGGGUUUCGAUCAGCCGUCGUAUCUAGGGAAGCAUCUUCGAAUUCAUUCCGGAGAGAAAGAAUUUAAAUGUGAGGUGUGUGGUAAAGCCUUUAACAAAAAAUAUAACCUUCAAACUCACAACAAAACUCAUACAGGAGAGAAACCCCACAAAUGUAACAUAUGUGGAAAGGGGUUUGGUCUAGCUGCCAGUAUGAGACGCCAUCUUCUUAUGCACACUGGAGAAAAACCGCACAUGUGUUUUAUUUGCGGGAAAAGUUAUCAACAAAAAGAGAGUCUUCAGCAACAUCAUAAAAAAGUUCACAAUUCAUAAUCUCAUUAUAUACUGAUAAUUGGUUAGAUAUCUGCGAUGAUCACAUGCUUACUGAAACCUACCGAAUCAGACAUUGUCACCCUACACCCUACUUUUUAUCAGUAAACAUUUCAGUAUUUUAGAUGUCCAUAAUUUAAUCGUUUGCUAUUUCAAAGACAC